AUGGAGGGUAGAGCUUUGUCGGAUUCUGAGAGGGAGCUGCGGAAAUGCUUAAAGAAGAAGCUCCUUGAGUUGAGCUCUCUGGAGAGGACGAUUGCUAGGCAGAGGUCAAGACUACUGCAGUUGCGUGAGGGUGAUGGAAACACCAAGCUAUUCCACCAGCAGGCCAGCCACAGGCAAAGGAAGAACAUCAUACGUACAGUUAAGCACAAUGGAAAUAUAUAUAUGUUGGGCAGGACGAGGUUGCGUCGGCAGUGGACGCUUACUUUGGCGCGGCUUUUGGUGCCUCGGAUACUCGGAACCAUACGCUUAACUUGGAUGUGUUGGGUCUGCUACAUCUAG